GCGCCCGCACCGGCCCCCGCCGCCCCCGCCAUGAAGAAGGCCGAGAUGGGGAGGUUCAACAUCUCCCCGGACGAGGACAGCAGCAGCUACAGCUCCAACAGCGACUUCAACUACGCCUACCCCACCAAGCAGGCCGCCCUGAAGAGCCAUUACGCAGAUGCAGAUCCUGAAAACCAAAACUUUUUACUUGAAUCAAAUUUGGGGAAGAAGAAGUAUGAAACGGACUUUCAUCCAGGUACUACUUCCUUUGGAAUGUCAGUAUUUAAUCUGAGCAAUGCGAUUGUGGGCAGUGGAAUCCUUGGGCUUUCUUAUGCCAUGGCUAAUACUGGAAUUGCUCUUUUUAUAAUUCUCUUGACAUUUGUGUCAAUAUUUUCCCUGUAUUCUGUUCAUCUCCUGUUGAAGACUGCCAAUGAAGGAGGGUCUUUAAUGUAUGAACAGUUGGGGCAUAAGGCAUUUGGAAUGGUUGGAAAGCUUGCUGCCUCUGGAUCAAUUACAAUGCAGAAUAUUGGAGCUAUGUCAAGCUACCUCUUCAUAGUGAAAUAUGAGUUACCUUUGGUGAUCCAGGCAUUAAUGAACAUUGAAGAUAAAACUGGAUUGUGGUAUCUGAAUGGAGACUAUUUGGUUCUUCUGGUAUCACUGGUGCUCAUUCUUCCUUUGUCACUGCUGAGAAAUUUAGGAUAUUUGGGAUAUACCAGUGGCCUUUCCUUAUUGUGUAUGAUGUUCUUUCUGAUUGUGGUGAUUUGCAAGAAAUUUCAGAUUCCUUGUCCUAUUGAAGUUGCUUUGAUAAUUAAUGAAACAAUAAACAGCACCUUAACACAGACAACAUCUUUUGCUCUUGAUCCAGCAUUUAAUGUGACUAGCCAUGAAUCUUGCAAGCCACGUUAUUUUAUUUUCAACUCUCAGACUGUCUAUGCUGUGCCAAUUCUGACCUUUUCAUUUGUUUGCCAUCCUGCUAUUCUUCCCAUUUACGAAGAGCUGAAAGGCCGCAGCCGUAGAAGAAUGAUGAAUGUGUCCAAGAUUUCGUUUUUUGCUAUGUUUCUGAUGUAUCUGCUUGCUGCUCUCUUUGGAUAUCUGACGUUCUAUGAUCAUGUUGAGUCAGAAUUGCUCCAUACCUACUCCACUAUACUGGGAACUGAUAUUCUUCUCCUCAUUGUCCGUUUGGCUGUGUUAGUGGCUGUAACUCUGACGGUGCCAGUAGUUAUUUUCCCGAUUCGGAGUUCUAUAACCCACUUGUUCUGUGCAGCGAAAGAUUUCAGUUGGUUGCGUCACAGUAUCAUUACAGUGUCCAUCUUGGCAUUUACUAAUUUGCUUGUCAUCUUUGUCCCGACUAUUAGAGAUAUCUUCGGUUUUAUUGGUGCAUCUGCUGCUGCUAUGUUGAUUUUUAUUCUUCCGUCUGCCUUCUACAUAAAGUUAGUCAAGAAAGAAUCUAUGAAAUCUGUACAAAAGAUUGGGGCCGUGUUCUUCCUGCUAAGUGGCAUAGUGGUGAUGACCGGAAGUAUGGCCUUGAUUGUUUUGGAUUGGGUACACAAUGCUUCUGGAGGUGGCCACUAACUGGCAGCACCAGAAAACUCCGACAGUCCAUUUGAUGCCAGUAUUGAGGCAACACUCAACUGCUAAUGAAAUUCACCUGAUAUUUUCGUUUCACUUCCUUUUGAAGUGCAGAUUCCUCGCUGGUUCUUCUGAGUGCAGAAUAAGUGAACUCUUUCGUUUGUUUUUUUUGUUAAGAAACUAUUCUGUAUGAUAGAAAUGGAUAUUAACUACAAAACCACGAGUUCUCGGGUUAACGGAAGUGACAAUUUUAUUCCAUUCCAGAGAAUGGACGAACUCUUUAUCAAGCCACAUGUUUGGCUGUGUCAUUGUUUAACUUGGAUAUUUUAUGAUUUUACUUGAAUGUGCCUAAUGGAACCAUUCGAUGUGAGAAACAAUUCUUAAUUUACAGCAAAGUAUUGAGAAAACUCUUAUUAUUUUUUGUACCAAAAAUAUUUAAAGACCUCAGAAGCACUAUUUUACUUUUACGAAAUUGCUUUUUUUGAACUUUGUCCAAAAACGGUUGUCAAUAAAUUCCAUAAAAGAAAUUUCAAUGGUAUUUGAAAACAAAUGUUAGUAUUAAGAAAUUAUUUGCCUUUUUAUAGGCAUAAGCCAAAUACAUUUUUUAUCCAAAAUGAUUUCUAGAGAAAUGAUGUAAUUGUACCGUGAGUAGGAGCAUAUAGUUGUGUUUUUUGUUUCAUUUUUCGCUCAAAUUUUUUAUUUGAAGGAGAGUUAAAUUAUUGUUAGAUUAGUGCUUCAUCUUUUUUCUGUCCCCAUAAUUUGGUUAAUUACUUCAACCUUUUAGAAUGGACAGUAAUCCAGAAGUUUCUGUGGGAAGUAAAAUAUCUAGUUUUGAGGUACCAAAUAGUGCAAUUGGGUAAAACAGGGUUUAUUCAGUUGCAUUUGUCUCCGGAGUUGUGGUGACAACUCUGGGGUGAUUUUUUUGUUGUGUUUUUUGGGGGCCAGCUUUUUUUUUUUGACAUUGCUUCCAUCAGUGGAAAAUGGGCAUUUUUUUUUUAUGGCUAUAUAAGCCCAAACAAUAAUAUUCAGAGUACAACUUUAAAAUGCUCAUCUGCUACUGGAAGUUAGAAUUACUUGACAAUGUAUGGCUUUGUCGUGUUCAUGUUUUGUCUAUAGUAGAGGUUUUAUCCACAAGUUAAACCAAUAUUUUGGUAUAAUUUUUUUUAUAAAGGCCCUUGGCUUUCUCAUGCAGUAAGCUUUUUUAAAAAAAAAAAAACCAAACUCAUUGCACUGUACCGUCAUCUCAUUCUUGUACAACAUAGAAUAUUUGUUUACAUCCAGCAAUGUUAUUGGGGGAGACAGUGCACCCUGAGUGUAAGUAGUUGGUCCACUGCAUGUUCACCCUCCCAUUUCAAUCCCAGUUAGAAGUAAAAAAAAAAUACAUGGCUUUAAGAGCACAUUUAUUGUACUUUACAGUGUAUGGUGAAUAUAUAUUAUUAAAUAAUGUGGUACUUCACUCCUAUGACAUUGUGUCUAAAAUCUAAUACACGUGAUUCCAUUAGUGGUUGAAGGAAGCAAAUAAUGGAAUCAUCAAUUGGUCAUCUGGCUCUUAGUUUUUCUCUGGAAAGAUUUCAGUUUUGAGCAAGGGCCAGAAAUGGGGCAGACAGUUUUUGUUACACAUUUUUUUGUAUUAUAUGUGACAUGUGACUUAUGUUACAGACAGUGUCUGUAAAUAAAGACCUUUGUGGAACCGGAAGACGUUAUGUAGUGCUACGCUGAGUGAAACCAAUGGUCCAUUUUUGUGUAUCUCUACAAAAACGAAGUAAUUGGGGACCGUCUAGAAAGGCAGUGAGAAGAUGGAUUCUAUAGCACUGCUUUCAUUUAAUUAGGCUUUUGGUACUCACUCCUUCAAAUCCAGAACCUCGCCUAGUUCAAACCAAGAAUUGGCACUUCAACUUGUGUUCCGGGAAAGAAUUGCUUUUCUCAGACCUGCCAGAUAAUGCCAAGUAUGGUUUUCUACGCGUAUGGUCUUUUCAUCUGAGAGAAAAUACCAUGGUAACCAGAAAGGAAUGAACAAAAUUUUUUCACGGCAAAUCAAGGUGGGAAGGCUUCUCCUAUCCUCUUCUCUACUGUUAGAAGACCUAAAUCAACCGAGUAUGGUAAACUCCGUUGCAUGAUACUCUGGCGGGCUAUCUUGUCUGCCCGGAGAUUCCUAAGCAGUAAACUCCCGUUAACGAGCAGUCUUCAGUAUUAAAACCACUGUCUUGUCACCUCAUUUUGCAUUACUGUCUUCCAUGGAUGUUUCAGUUAUAACUGUAAUGUUAUUUAUAGAACAGCAUUAAUCCAUUAAAGCUAACCUAUUUUUCAAUAUUUAUGAUAAUCUAUGUACAUACAUUGUCUGUCCAUAUGUAUUUGUAAAUAGCUUGUAUAUAAUAGGUUUGGGAUUUGAGUUCAAGUGUAUAUAUUCCUGUAAGUUUCUUAACUGCAUUUUGAUGAACUUCAUAUUAUGUAACUAUAAGAAUUGUCCCGCAAAGUACCUGUACAAAGAUUUCAGUACCAACAAAUUGACAUUCUAUAAACACUAACAAUUUAAAAUAAUGUUUCAGGUGUAUUUGCAAUAAAAAAUACUAAACAUAUUUUUUCACGAAAACUUGGUGUAAAUUCAGACAUUUAAAUUUUCAAAAUGCAGUAGUUAUCAAAAUGUAUCUAGAAUAAUGAAAUCAAAUAUGAUCUAGUGUAAUGAAAGCUUUGGGAGCCCGGGUGUGUUAACUUUCUGUAUAUAGUGUAAAUUUCUUCACUGUACUAGAGGCCAACAAUUCUGGUAUGAUUUGUUGGCAAAGUGCUACACCGUUUCAAUGAAACAAUGUAUGUUUUAACUGAACUAAAAUAAAUACAUGUUUAAUCAC